UGCCUAACAGGUAAUAUACGUCAUUGCAUGACGUCAGGUGUGUGAAACCAGGAAGUGGUCUAUGGAUACAAGCAAGAUUUCAAACAGCAAGUGGACACCAACCGAAAGAGUAUAAAGAUGGUGCAAUAUCUCAGGGAUUAGCAGAUGGACUUCCUCACACUGUUUGGUGUUUACGUGGUAGUCGUGCUGACGUGCAUUGUUCUUGUCUGCAAAUAUGCUGGUCAGGAGCAGACUCCUUGGGGACGCUACUACAACAGCGUGACAACUGUAGUCUCUCCAUGUGUUCCACUAUGGCUUAAAAGAUUAUUCAGUAAAGCCCUCCACAAGCUUUUUCAUGAAAGGAACAAUGCAUUUAUUUACACGCAUCUCCUGCUGGAAGGUGCAGUGUAUGCAGAAUACUCCUAUGAGGUGUUUGGCCACUGCAAGGAGAUGGACACUACUCUGACAAACCUGUAUAUCCCUUAUGUACUGUUAGUGUUACACCUCUAUCUUUUCUACCUCUGCUGUAGUCGAGACCCUGGCACAGUGACAAAGGCUAAGCAUGCUACCCAAGUGAAGGUGUAUCCAUAUGAUGGGGAGCUCUUUCACCCGGGAGAGAUGUGUCCUACAUGUAACUUGGUGAAACCAGCCAGGUCGAAACAUUGCAGGGUGUGCAACAGGUGUGUGCAGCGGUUUGACCAUCACUGCGUGUGGGUGAACAACUGCAUUGGGGCUCAGAACACCCGCUACUUCCUGAUGUACCUGCUGAGCGUGUGCGCCAUGGCCGGGGACAUGGCCAUACUGACGGUGGACCUGCUGCUGAACGUGGUGGCCAGGACAGGCAUCAUGUAUGCACACUACGUUGACGCCCAGGGUCAGCAGCAGCCCACAGGCAUGGCCUUUGUUGUUCAGCAUCUCUUCCUGACGUUUCCCAGGAUUGUGUUCAUGCUGGGCUUCCUCAUCUUUGUUUUCUUCCUGUUGGCGGGCUACGUCAUGUUCCACCUGUUCCUGACGCUGGGGAACCAUACCUCCAAUGAGUGGGUCAAGGCGAGGGGCCGCGGCUGUCAGCACUGCCACCCGCACUCAGGCCACCGCUGCCACUCGUCUUUCAACCCACUCAGAGGGUUCUACAGCAGGGGGCUGCUCAAAAACCUGAGGGAAAUCUUUGUCCCCCUGAAACCUCUUAAGAAGAAGAAACAGAAAUAGACCUUUUUUUUUAUUGUCACUAAUACUUUUUGUAUGACUGCUGUAACUUUAUAAGUUUUAUUAAGAUAAAUGUCAUUGAAUAAACAUUUUUUAUGAGUGAA